AUGUCGCCACCCUUUUUCGUUUUGGAGGUUCGCAUCCACCGCUUUUGCAGAAAAUUACUCAGAAACCUUCAAGGAGACCUGAUCGAGAUUGGAACCCGCCCACUUGCUCCAACCUCCGCUUUCCUCUUCCAAAUUCAUUCCUAUGACCUAUUUUCUGAGCAACCAUGCAAAAGCCGUCUUGAUUAUCUCUUCUCUUCCUUAAAUCUUGACGAGACUCUCCGCGAUUUCUUAGCUUGUAGCGUUGCUUGCUUCCUCGUUUUCAUAGCAAAUAAGCAACCUUUCUUGGGGCGUCAUGUGGUGGCCGACACGGACGUUGCCCUUGAGUACUUGAUUGCCGGAGAUCCCAUUGAUCGGACAAUGAUAAUAGACGACGAGCCUGGAGAAGUGGUUGCCAGAGGCGCAUCGAUUUCUGCACUAAACAAGCUGAAGAAGCAGAGGUCUUUUACGAAGAGCAGCAGUGAUGGCGAUGGAGACGACUGUGUGAUUUGCUUGGAGGGAUUAUCCGGCAGCCGGGAGGCACUCACAAAGAUGACAUGCAAUCAUAUAUUUCAUGAAAGGUGCAUCUUUGGGUGGUUGAAGAUUCGGAAUUCAUGCCCGACUUGUCGAUGGGAGCUUGAGGAUUAA